CAGACUGUCCCAGUGCUUGACUGCUGCUUCUCUGCUCCAUCCUUCCAAUGACCGCUUCUCCGUGUCUCAAUGUAAAUCAAUUACGUCGGCGACCGUUUUGGUCGCCCUUUUUAUUCUAAAGACACUUUUCUUUGUCAAUCUCUGGUCUCGUUGAAACAUAUUUUGCUGUGUCGCUAAGAAAACUUUCGCGCAGCUGUAGGCAACUUUUCGUCGAGCAGAGGGGAAGAAAGCGUUAGCUCAUUCAGCUAGCAACAGCAGCAGCUUUCUUCGGAUUUUCCAGCAUCUACUGGAGUCAACUAGCACUGUAUUCCGCUGGGUUUUAAAUGUUUUGUGCGUCCAGAAGUGAACUGACCCUUAUGGAUUAGCUGGAUAAUUUCCCCCCUCGUAAAUGAAAGGAGAAUAUCGGAAAGAUUCGGUUUAAGUGCCUGAGCUGUUGUGAGGAUGAGCAGCAAGCGGAAUUUGUUUGUGCGGCUGGUGCCAUGCCGCUGCUUGAGGGGCGAGGAGGAGACCGUCACCUCGCUGGACUACUCGCACUGCAGUCUGGAGCAGGUCCCGAAAGAGAUCUUCAGCUUCGAGAAGACACUGGAGGAGCUCUACCUCGAUGCAAACCAGAUUGAAGAGCUGCCCAAACAACUUUUCAACUGCCAGUUGCUCCACCGAUUGAGCUUACCGGACAACGAUCUUACGGUACUACCGCCGGGCAUCGCAAACCUCAUCAACCUCAGGGAGCUGGACGUCAGCAAGAACAGCAUCCAGGAGUUUCCCGAAAAUAUCAAGAACUGUAAAGUCCUGGCCAUCGUAGAAGCAAGUGUGAACCCCAUAUCCAAGCUUCCAGAAGGUUUCACGCAGCUCCUCAGUCUGACCCAGCUCUACCUGAAUGAUGCCUUCCUCGAGUUCCUACCGGCCAGCUUCGGCAGACUAACCAAACUGCAGAUCCUGGAGCUGCGGGAGAACCAGUUAAAGAUGUUGCCAAAGAGCAUGCAUAAACUCACGCAGCUGGAGCGCUUGGAUCUGGGGAGUAAUGAGUUCACUGAAGUGCCUGAAGUACUGGAGCAGCUUACAGGAAUUAGAGAGCUGUGGAUGGAUGGAAAUAAACUGACAUUUUUUCCAGGGAUGAUCGGGUCACUGAAGCAGCUCAACUACUUGGACGUGUCCAAAAACAAUGUUGAGAUGAUUGAUGAGCAGAUAUCAGGCUGUGAAAACCUGCAGGAUCUGCUGCUGUCCAACAACGCUUUGACACAGCUGCCAGGCUCAAUAGGUUCACUGAAGAGACUGACUACUCUGAAGGUGGAUGAUAACCAGCUCAUGUACCUGCCUGACACAAUAGGCGGUCUCACAUCUCUGGACGAGCUGGACUGCAGUUUCAAUGAGAUUGAGGCGCUGCCGUCCUCCGUCGGUCAGUGUGUCAACCUGCGAACAUUUGCUGCCGACCACAACCUGCUCACUCAGAUGCCUCCAGAGAUGGGCUGUUUGAAGAACGUCACUGUGCUUUUCCUGCACUCAAAUAAGCUGGAGUAUCUACCAGAGGAGAUGGGUGACAUGCUCAAACUCAAGGUCAUCAACCUCAGCGAUAACAAGCUGAAGAACCUUCCUUACAGUUUUACAAAGCUCAACCAGAUGACUGCAAUGUGGCUGUCUGAAAACCAGUCAAAGCCCCUGAUUCCCCUGCAGAAAGAGGAAGAUCCAGAGACGCACAAGACCGUUCUCACAAACUACAUGUUCCCACAACAGAGCAGAACUGAGGAGUAUGUGCCCAACUCAGACAGCGAGAGCUUUAAUCCGUCUCUAUGGGAGGAGCAGCGCAAGCAGCGGGCGCAAGUGGCGUUUGAGUGUGACGAGGACAAGGAUGAGAGAGAGACGCCCCCGCGGGUCAGUUCUCACCGUCCACUUCUGUCCAGGGAGGGCAAUCUGAAGCGCUACCCCACGCCGUACCCUGACGAGCUGAAGAAUAUGGUGAAAACAGCCCAGUCCGUCGCACACAGACUCAAAGAGGACGAGUCCGGAGAUGAGGCAGGAAAAGAGACCAGGACCAGCGAGAGGAAUACCAUUGGAGUUCAAGAUGUGGGAGUGAAGGUGAUUGAAGGUCCCUGCACCAAUGGCAAAGCUGUUGAGAUGGAGCCCAAAGCGACUGUGAACAGUUACCAAAAUUAUAAACUGAGAGAUGAAACGGACAACUUUAUUGUUGAAAGAAUCCCUCUCAAGACGUCAGACAACAUGAGAACUAUGGUUAACCAUGACGACACCCUUGAGGACUCAGAGGAGCUGUCAUCUGAAGAGGAGGAGAUGAAGAUUGCAGAGAUGAGACCUCCUCUCAUUGAGAUCUCAAUUAACCAGCCUAAAGUAGUGGCCCUCAGCAAGGACAAAAAGGAUGAUGGAAAGGAUGCUGAUUCUCUGCUGGACGAGACUGUUGCCAACAGUAACCAGAACAACAGCAACUGCUCAUCACCCUCACGCAUGUCUGAUUCGGUGUCAUUAACCACAGAUAGCAGUCAGGACAACUCCCUCUGCACUCCAGAAAGAGAGUCCAAGAUGCCCCUCGUUCCCAAGAAUGGGCAAGAGGAUGAGAACCUAAACCAGUUGAAGCAGAUGACACCUCUUCUACAAAACUGUAACAGUUCGGAGACAUCCCUACAGACAAUCCUGAAGAGCCAGCAGAGCUAUGAAAGCAAACAAGAUACGAUGGCUGACUACAGUCUGUCGAUGGAGGAGAGGCUUGCCCUCAUCGAGAAGGGUAUUAACAAUGGCAUGGCGGACCAGUAUAGCAAGUGGGAUCAGAUCAACAUGAAUGUGGCUAAGCUCCCACCUGACAACAUGGUGUCUUACGAGGACCUGGAGAGGACCAAAACAUCUUCAACCAAGGAGUCCAUGUCAAGCAACAACAAUGCUAUGGUUUCACUUGAGAAUCUCGAGAAUGGGAAUCGGCUUCAAAAAACCCAGUCUGGGGAGAAUUUUAAUGGACGAACGGAUCAAGUUCCCUUGCGGUACGAGACUACAAGGACCGUCUCAACAGGCGUAACUGCGUUGAGCGACAUGAGUCUUUCUCAUAGCACUGAGGAGCUGUCCCCAGAGAAGAAGUGUCCACCACCCCCAGUGGUGAAAUCUCAGAGCAUCGCCAACAUGGAUGCUGGUGGGAUGAAGCUGUAUUCCAUCGAUGGAGAAAGCCCAUCGUAUGAGGUGGCAUGCUCGGCCAGAUCUGUAAGUGGUGCUCAAGGCCAAAGCAUCGUUCGUUCGAAGUCUGCAUGCUUGCUCAACGACCAGCCAUUGCAGAUCUACCCUGGUUCCUCUGCUUCUUCAUCUGAUCUUCUGUCCAGCUCUAAAACUCAAGCAAGCACCGCACGCUACCCUGUUGGCCCUCCUCCGCAGUACAACAUCCAGUAUGCCAGUAGCGCCGUGCCCAAAGAAAACUUGUGGAGUCAACGUACCCCCGUACCGUCAGAGCAACCUUACCUACCCCCACAACACUCCCUUGCCAACAACAACUACUCCAACCGCAACAACAACUCUCCUUACCCCCAGCAGCCCCAACAGCGUGGACCUCCUAAAACUCCAGACAUGUGGGCAAAGGAGAGGAUGCUGCCACCUGGUGGCCAACGUGGCACCUUGCAGAGACAAUGUAGUGGUUCGUCUGGGACCCCUUCUGGCAUGUGUAUGUCGGAUCCCCGCCGUAUGCCAGGAAUGGAAGGAGAGUACAUGACCUACCGGGACAUUCAUGCGGCAGGACGUGGGCCCAUUCAGAUGAGCCAAGCUCUUCACAGGCCCCUUUCAGCUCGUACAUACAGCAUGGACGGACCUAACGCUCCUCGACCGCAGAGUGCCCGGCCUCCACCUCACGAGCCUCCAGAGAGGACCAUGUCUGUCAGCGACUUCAACUACCAGCAUGGCAGCCCCAGCAAGAGGCCCAGCAUGAGGGUGAAGUCCGAGCACUCGCUGCUGGAUGGGCCGGUUGGGGGAGGUGGAAGGGUUCCGGCAGAUUGGAGGGACCAGGUCAUAAGGCACAUUGAAGCCAAGAAGAUUGAGAAGAGCACUCUGUCUCGGUCUUUGGCCACUCUCAAUGGCAGUCAGAUCUCUCUGGCCUUUAGCGCAGUAGAUGGACGGCAGUAUGGAGCUCAUGCGCCCAGCGAUGAUGUCUUUAGUCCACAUGGACAACAGGGCUACCAUAUCGACACUCUAAGAAAAGUGCCUUUGAUGAACGGCCAAAUGUGUCCUCCAGUGAGGUCUCCCAUGAGCUGCGGUCAGCCACCAAUGGCACGUCACCCCUCAAGAGAGCAGCUCAUCGACUACUUGAUGCUCAAAGUGUCCCAGCAGCCCCCGGGGCCUCCACGGGUCCCUCACGAGACACUCCAGCAGGAGCUCCAUGUGAAGAUUGAGAAGAAUCCUGAGCUGGGUUUCAGUAUAUCAGGAGGAGUUGGUGGCCGAAGAAAUCCCUUCCGCCCAGAAGACAAUGGCAUAUUUGUGACAAGGGUUCAGACAGAGGGACCUGCUUCAAAACUCCUGCAACCUGGAGACAAAAUCAUCCAGGCAAACGGAUACAGCUUUGUCAACAUCGAUCACGGAAACGCGGUGUCCCUUCUGAAGACCUUCCCCAGCACCGUCGACCUGAUCAUCAUCCGAGAGAUGGCAGCAUAGAGACCUGCUCAGAAUGAAUGUUCACUGUCUUAUUUUUGUACGCAGAGGAGCCAGUGCUUUACAUAGUCGAUCUGAACUGAUUUAAACGGGACAGUGCGUAAUCGUCUGUGAAAAGGGGCAAAACCACUGCGUCAAGUGGGAGACGAACAGCAUGCGUCUUAAUGAUAUACGCCUGCACUGUGUAAUCACCUGUUGGUGUAGUCCAACCGUAAUGAAAACCUGUGCUUUUUUUGUUAUAGUUUUUGAAUUGCCUUUUUUUAUGAAAUCACCUGCAUAGAGUUCUAGUGGAACAUUAGUUGUAGCUGACCUUUUGAGGGCAGGGCUCUCCAUAAUGUCUUGUUUUUGUUUUUUGUUUUUAUUUCAAAGACAUUUUUAAAACCACUUUUUAAUGACCUGUGUGAGAUUUUGAGCUAGAAGACAAUGCUACGUGCUUACUGUGGAAAUGAAUGUAGAACUGAGGUGAGCGAAGCUGAAUUUGAUGUGAAAUCUGUAUUUGUUGGCAUGAUGGUCACUUUUCUCACUGGGUUGAUUAACGUUGUGAAGAACUAUCUCCAGUGUCAUCCACUGUUUAAUGCAACCAACUUGAUCUGGAAUCUCCCUCCAGUGAAACAAGAGUCUCUUCCUCUGUUUUCACAAACUUCCACUGAACCAAAGUGGAAGACACAGACUUUAGCCCACCAGUAAGGAUACGCUGAGAUGCUCCCUGUACGUGAAACAUGGAUGGGAACGUGAAGAACUUCAGUGAGGAUUCCGAAAGAGAAGAAACUUCAACACAUAUGGGAUCAGAAAGUGGUCCAAGCUAGCUUAACCAAAGCAUGUUGGGACACUAUGACUGGGCGGCACGGAACUGCUGGUGUAAACGGCACGUACAUGAACAGAACUCUGCCUGGAAUUAUUUCCUCAUAGCAGUCUGGCUCGGCACGAUUCGAAAGUCCACAAAAAAGAAUCCAAGUCACUCCUAGCACUCACACUCAAAAGUUUUUUUCGUAUUAUUAUUUCUGUUUGAACAGUUUUCUAUUCUGUGAAGAAGAUUGUAGACGUAACAUUUUAUUCUCUUAUGAAAAUAUUUUAACGUUCGACCUGCAUCGCUGUCAUGAACGUUUCUGUUUAGGAGGUUUUGAAGAGGGCUGAGAAAACGGCAUGUCAAGACAAGUGCCAUAUGACCCUGAACUCUCUGAAUGGGUUCGACCCAGAGCAAUACUCACAAAUCCACGCCGCAUAUUCAUUGGCCUUAUUGGGCUGACGUAUGACACAGUGGUCGAAAGAGCAAUAGAGAGUCGUUUUAUUCCACUCAUAGGAUGAACAUUGCGUUUUUAUACAAAUAAAGAAAACACAUUUAGUAUUUCUCGAUUGAUAAACAUUUUAUAUUGUAAAUCUUUUAAAAAUUAACACAAAGGAAGUGGCAUUCCAGAUUUUUUUUUUUUUUGUAAACAUAAAAAAAGUUUGUAAGUCAGAAUAAUGUGCGAAUGAAUAUCUCAUCACAUCCCUUUCCAUUAGCGAUUGCAUUGCUGUUUGCAAAAACCCUAUGAGGAUUAUUUUCACCAAUGUAUGUGGAUACAAAUACAUCAACUUUCUCAAAAGCAAAGAGAUUCGUGAAAGCUACAAAGCUUUGUAAAACAUUAAUUACGUAAUAUUUGUAUUUGAUGAAGUAGUCAAGUUUUAAGGCCAUGAAAGUGUUUUUGUUUUUUGUUCUGCCAUGUCGACUUCACACAAGGAGAAUGACCAACUGUUAAUUGUUGUACUGCGCAAAUUAUUUGCAUGAAGUCCCUACUAUGUUCGUCACUGUUUUCUUCGGUAGAGAAGAAUGCUAAAUUAAUCAAAGUAAUCAAAUUAACAAACUGAUAAUGUGACAAAUACAUAAUUUACUGUAUAUUGAUGUGAAAAGAGCACUGUCACCUUUUUUAGAACUCAAGACUUCAGUUGUUUCUAAAUUUAUUUUAAUGAUUUCCCGUUGUUUUUUUUGGUUUUUUUUGCAUAAUAUACAUUUGCAUUGACACACUGCCCCCAAAGAAUGUUUUUAAGCUGUCAGUCAACAUUUCUUAUGAGUUGCAAAUUUUUUUAAUUUCAUAAAAAUUCCAUUUGAAUAAUUGAAUAAUUCUGUUGUCACAAUGUUCAUUGUGGGCACUGUUACUUCCAUUUCUUAUGAAUCAGUCUGGCGUAAAUCCCCUUGACUGUCACUUUUUAUUUUGUCUAUUAGAUAUUUUAAAUAAGUAAUAACAAACAGUGACUAAAACCUAAUUUUACUUUUAUCAACUUAAACAUUGUUUUUAUUUACUGUCCCACAUUUUUAUUUUUUUUAAUUUAUUCAGUACUCUUUACUUUGACUUUUAGAGAUUACUAAUCGAAAUGUAAAUACUUUUUUAAAAAGUUUAUGAUUUAUUCAUGGCAUUAGUGGUUACAUUUUAAAAAGCAGCAAUAAUUUGCCUCACAGAAGCAGUAAAGCUCUGUCAAAGGUUUCUCUGGAAACAGCUACUAUUAAGAUGAUUGGUAUGCAUUUAUUCAACAUUCCAGAUUUUGUAAAUAAUUUGGCUUUCCAUGGUGUCCAGUGGAAAGAAUAAAUCGACUAAUGUUCUUUCAAAACGGUGUUUGCUCUUCCUUCAAGACGUUUUCAUUUUGGGUGCAUAUAUUAAAAUUGGUCACAUUCAAAUAAGUGAAGAACCUUAUAAGACCAUCAGCAAUGAUGAAAAUACAUCUUCAGGUGUGAUUUUGCCAUUUACCUCGCAUCCAUUAAUUACAUUUUUAACAAAUGAGAGAUAUUUGUCAUAAACCCAUAGAAAAUUUCAGUCCAUUUGUAGCAAAGAAGUGACAUUAGAUCACUCAAAAGUAAAUAACAAAUAGGUUUUCAUUUGAUUUAGCUUCUUUAAUCAUUGCUGUUACAAGUUUUAACUCAUAGACAACUACUUUGUUCACUGAUAAAGCAAUUACAAUGCUUAGAUUAGAUCCAAGAGGAAGUGCCUUAUAUGAAAAUGUCAUCAAGCCUUCCCAUACAGAGUAUAUUGUUGGGUUACAGAUAAGUUGCUUUAUUUGAAUUCACUGAGAAGACCAGAAAGCAGUUGUUCUUUCAUGUAAAGAGUAAAAGUCUGUCUAGUAUCAGAUUCCUCUAUAUAUAUCCAGGGGCUGAAAUACAGCAUGUAAAUGGUUUCAAAACAGCCACGGUUAUUUUGAAAUUAAGAGUCAUCCACACUCAAAUCUUUCUUGUCAUUGUUGCCCUGUUUACAACUUAUCUCAGUUGUAAGUAUAUUUAUAAAUAUUAAUAAAAAGUAAUAAUUGACAGAUA